CAAAAAUGAUCAAAUCUCCAACUGGGAAAAGUGAAUAAAAGACUCCAGGAACUGUCUGUUGAAAAAGUGGGCGGACGCAGUCUUGCUCGGAAACAGCCACUCGCACUAAACCCGGGAAAGCCAGCAGAGUUGGACGAAAAACGAAAGGCUUCAGUAAAGACACAGUAUGUAAAGGUUUGGAAGUACAAUGAUAGGAGCAAUUCCAGAAGGAGGGCACUAAGAUUAGUCAGUGAAUUGAUUGACAAUGAGCAACAUAGGGAAGGGGAUGUGGAGGACAAUUUGGAGUUAAGUGUUUGUGUUGAUGAUUCAGGAAAAUCAGAGAUGGAAAUUAGUGAUGAAGAAGGUGACCACCAGAAUAUUGAGUUGGAUGUUGAUAAGGAAAUAAACGAAGAGACUGCAGCUUCUGGUGAGGACCACUCUGAUCUUGGAGAACCUUGUAGUCAGAGAGAGAGUGACUUGCAGAGUUCACUAGAAGAUUGGGCAAUUGAAUUUGGAAUUUCACAAAUUGCUUUGUCAGCACUUCUUACCAUUCUCAAAGUCCAUCAUUCCUCUCUGCCUAAGGAUGGAAGAACGUUGCUGAAAACAAAAACACGCUACAGCAUUAGCAGUAUAGCUGGUGGUGUGUUCCAUUAUUGUGGAAAUCUAAAUUCUGUUUGGAAAAUCCUUGAUAAAGUUUGGCAUACUGUGCCAGACAAACAUGUCUUCAAAUUACAGUUGAAUUUUGAUGGACUACCACUCUUUAAGAGUAAUAGUACACAGUUUUGGCCGAUUCUUGGUUUGCUGCAAGGUCACACUAAGGCACCUGUGUUGAUUGGACUCUUUUGUGGUACUUCAAAGCCAAAUUCUUUGGCUGAAUAUCUUCAUGAUCUGGUUCAGGAGCUGAAAAUGUUGAGAGAAGGGUUUCUGUUCCGGAAGAAAACUUUCUUUUUGCAUGUUGUUUCUGUUGUGUGCGAUGCCCCUGCCCGAGCCUUCAUCCGAGGUGUGAAGUCACACACUGCAUAUCUUGGAUGUGAGAAGUGUCACCAAACAGGUGUUUGGAAAUCAAAUCGAAUGACAUUUCCUGAGUUGAAUGCAAAGCGCAGAACCGAUAAGAGUUUUAGGCAAGCAACUGAUGAAGAACACCACAUCCAACACUCACCUCUUACAGACAUUGGCAUUGACGCGGUCACUUGUUUCCCACAUGAUUACAUGCACCUGGUUUGUCUGGGUGUAAUGCGCCGUCUCUUAGACUUGUGGAUCAGCACCACUGGUCCCUUGCACUGUCGCAUAUCAUCCAUUCAAGCUUCCAUGGUGUCAGAUAGACUUAUUGCCUUGUGAAACUACAUUCCACGCGAGUUUGCUCGAAGGCCUCAGGCACUAGCAGAUCGAUGUAGGUGGAAAGCAACAGAGCUACGCCAAUUCUUGUUGUACACUGGUCCAGUUGUGCUGAAUGAUGUUCUACAGCAUCAAAUCUAUGACAACUUCAUGCUUUUGUCUGUAGCUGUGUACAUUUUGGCAAGUCCAAAAUUUUGCAUGAAGAUGAAUGACCUUGCAAAUACUCUGUUGCUUUCUUUUGUUGAACACUUUGGCCAGCUUUAUGGUGAAGAGUUUUUGGUUUACAAUAUUCAUGGCCUUGUGCACCUCAGCGAAGAUGUCAAAAUCCAUGGCAAUCUGGAUCUUAUAUCAGGAGUCCCCUUUGAAAAUUUCUUAGGAAAACUCAAAAAACUGGUUCGAGGGCCUUGCAAUCCUUUAACUCAGGUUAUGCGUAGAUUGUCAGAGAUAGAAAAUAGCAAGUACAGCUGUGAUGUUCAAGAGGCAAUUCAAAAAUUGGAUAAAGAACAUACAGAAGGGCCAGUACCUGAGUGCUUCUCGCAACAAGCUCGUCAAUUUAAAGUUCUUGCGAUUGAUGAUAUAGUUGUGAAGCUCAAUGAGAGAGAUUCUUGUGUCAAAAUCGACAAUCAGUUGGUUUUAGUCCAAAACAUUGUUGAGGAUGAAGGUGCAGUAUACCUUGUGGGCAAUGAAUAUAAACAAGUGGAUCACUUCUUUAAAUAUCCUAUUGAUUCAAAGGAGUUGGGAAUUUAUGUGGUUUCCAACCUCUCCACAAAUGUUCGGUGUUUCAUGACAGGAAAGACACUUCAGAAGUAUGUGAGAUUGCCAUUCCGAAACAGAUUUGUUGUUGUUCCACUCCUGCAUCAAGAGAAAUAACUCUUAAGUUGCUUUUGUAUAAAAUUCGGCUGAGGAAUACAAUUCUUUGUCUCUUUAGAUGUUUCACAUUGUUGUCUUUGACAAGACAAAUGAGGUUGAAGUUGUGCCUUCAGUCUGGAUUAAAAAUGGAGAGUACAUGUGGCCUCCAAAUAAGUGAUAUAACAAAAGCUGUAAAAUCGCAAGAGAGUCCAGGAGAUG